UCUACAGUGUAUUCAGUAACUGCAACACAGACUGGCUGUAUUUUUAGGCCGUGUGCAUAAAGUUUUGGAGCUGGACAUUUCAGUAAAUAGUGACGUGUUGAGUUUUGUGAAGUCGCACCAACAUUUUAUUACACUGUACAGUUAAAAGUGAAGCAGUGCAGAUGUGCAGUUUCUGCUUUUAUGAGGUUUAAAUUGAUGCAAAAUAUUAAUUUUGUUUAUUUAAACUAUUUAUUUUGCUUUGAACUUUUCAUUUGAGUUGAACAAAAGCAGUUGAACUGCUUGUCAUCAUGUAAAGUUGUUUCUUUCAGGUUGAGCUGAUGAAUCAUGUUUUACAGUGUUCUGCUGAAAGACGCAGGAGGAUCUAAAGAUGAACUCACGGCUGCUGCUGUGCUGUUUGGUGUUCUGCUCGGCAUGCUGGGAGACAGUGAAGCCACACAUGCUGAUGGAGGAGCUGAACAGCUCCAACCUGACCACCACAACCAGCUUCCAGAACCAAACCCACUCCCCCGCCAUCCUCAUAAGCUGUCAAAAACAUCAAAGAAGGCCAAAAAGUCAGAGCAGAAACCACAAAAGACUAAGCUGGCGGGCCAAGUGAAGAGGCCGCCGCCCCCCCCGAACUGCACGCCGCUGUGGGGGAGCUGCAAGAGCCCCAACUCUGUGUGCUGUGAACACUGCGCCUUCUGCUCCUGCCGCCUGCUCAGGACCGUCUGCUACUGCCGCAUGGGCUACCCGCGCUGCUGAGGCCUCAUCAUCACCAUCAUCAUCACUAUUAUUAUUAUUAUUAAUAAUGUGUUAUUAUUGAUAACACAUUAUCAUUAUAAGACUGUUGUGUUCAGUGAGAAUGUACAGAAUCUAUAUGAAGCCUUUCUUAUUUAUUGUGAGCAAAUGUGCACAGAGUGGGGAGCGGAGCGGUCAGAGGGGCUUUAACAGGACCACCCUCACUCAGAACUCAUCACUAAUUAACCCCUGUGUUCUGUUCACUUCAUGAGACGUUUAUCAGUGCAGAUUUUGUUCUUACAUCAUGUUUUACAAAA